AUGAUGGUAGAAGCAGAACCAGGCCUGUCUUACUCGAGCCUGGCUACACACCUACUAAAAGAAUUUGAGUCAUUCGUUCGCGUGAAACCCGCCUUCUUCAAGUACAAUCUCAGCUUACUCUCCCACCGCAAAGCUGUUGUCGCCUUCACUGACCCGGAGAUACGCAUCGUGGUUGGGCUUCCAUCGGGCGGCGAAAACUUCCUCUUCUUCGACAUAAAGCUCACGUUCGACGACAAGGACUUCACUGAAGACUAUAACGGUGUUUCUCUACAACGUUAUGCCCGCCAUGAGUUUCUGGAUAAGGAGAACCGUUUGGUCUUUUAUGUACGUCCACCAAAGCCAGGCGCUUAUCUUCUGAAGAUUUACGUCAAGCACACGCAAGAAGAAGUUACUAUCGCUUCCGACGGCCCAAAAACCGUAAAACAGUAUCAAAAAGUGUGUGAUUAUGGGCUGAGAGCGAAAGUUCCACCCAAUGCCUGUCUUCCACCCUUCCCACACACCCUAUCUACUGACUACGGCCGGGCGAAGGCGGCAACGAGCUUCAACAUCGGCGCAGUCUGUCGGGAUGGCACUGUUCGCGCCACUCAGGGAACCGUUGAAUUACGCUUCUCCAGCCUAGAUUCGAACAGUCCUUUGCCUCAAAUGAUGGGUAAACUCAAGUGCACGGCAUUGUCCGCGGAUGCCAUGAAGCACUGCAUCGUCCAACGCCCCCUCUCCAACAAUACAGAAUUUGUCUUCUCGAUUUUCCUGCCAAACGCGGGCGAGUACGUUCUACAAGUUUACGCCAGCGACCCCCGACGUGGUGGUGACUCCUACGUGAUGGUGAGUUUCUCUUUUAAUUUUGCAGUAGAUGGCACCGGGAAUGCUUUUUUCUAUGAUGUAAAUAUCCCGUCCUUUGGCUCUUUUCUUACUCAGCUAUGGCGAUACCUGCUUAUCUCAGAUCAAGCCUCUCCGGUAUGUGGCUUGCCCAGUCUGCCACCUGACUACCUGGGGCCCGGUCCCAAAUUCGCGGAGUUGGGCCUCUCGACGGUGAGCCAUUCUGAUCCCUUCAUCAGGGCUGACACUGGGGAGCUCUGCGUUCGCUUGGCCUACCAGGAGAGUCUGCCGCUUAAGUGGAAGGCAAAGCUUAUAUUUGCCAAAAAUGAUUCCUCAGACGACUGCUCUAACAUGGUUAGUUAA